AUGCUGCACCGUUCAUUCGGCGUAUUUAUGGUCGUUUCUCCCGACAGCAAAACGGCCCAAUCUAUUUUCGUCCUCGUCAAUUCUGGGACUAUUCGGGCAGACUUCGGAACUUUUGUCCCACAAAUCCGCCACUAUCAACACAUCCCUUCACACUUCAGGGGGAAAAUAUCACAGCUGCAUUAUGCUUUAUUCUGGGUUUUAGACUCCUACGUACCACCGCUUGUUUCGCGGCAAUCUCGGGAUGGACACAUCUUAAUACUAAACUUUAGCCGUUAUUUCCGAGGAAAUACUCCAAGAAUGCGUAGUCCGUAUGCUCGUCAACUUCUCGAAGACCGGAAAUCCGUGUGCGGGCAAUCUCCAUACCCGACCAGAGUCCUCGCGCGACUUCACGGGCCGCAACAAACAUUCCACUCGAAAGCCUCGCUGGCACCAGAGCACGAAUGCAUUUCAAUAUGA